AUGAAUACAAUCACAGCAUUAAGCCAGCCCGCCUUAAACAAGCUGUUCCGCCCAAUCGAUAACUCUGGGCGGCGAGGGCGGGCGGUAAAAGUAAAUACAGUUAUAGCCGGCCAACGAUUGGCUAUAGCCGGCUACGGAAGGCGGCUAGGGCGUGUUCCGACGUUGGCUGUAUGCGAUAGACGUUGGCAGUAUAGACUCGACCGUUGCCCUAUACACAAUUUCCGAUACAAGUGGUCCACAUGGUAUCGGUCUGAGCGACCCCGGUCUGCGGGACCCCGGUCUAAGGGACCCCGCUCUAAGGGCCAUGCCAUAUGGGAUGCUGGGAUUUGUGAAACUAUCUCUUACACGAUGAUGGAGGCUACAAACCUAGCGAUGUCGCCGCGGGAGCCGAUCAAACCUCGCACAGAGCAUAAGGCUUUAGAAAUUACACGAGGGAAACCAAACCAAGUCGGUACAGUACUUCUGUAUGGCGUACCUAUCGUUUCUUUAGUCAUCGAAGGUAUUGAGAGGCUGUGUCUUGCUCAGAUAUCCAAUACUUUGUUAAAGCAGUUCUCUUAUAACGAGAUUCAUAACAGAAGAGUGGCUUUGGGUAUCACUUGUGUACAAUGUACUCCUGUACAGUUGGAAAUAUUGAGGCGAGCUGGUGCUAUGCCUGUUUCGUCUAGACGAUGUGGUAUGAUUACUCGUCGUGAGGCAGAGCGUCUCUGCAAGUCUUUUCUAGGAGACAAUGCACCACCUCGUCUACCAGAUGACUUCGCGUUUGCUGUUCAUCAUGAAUGCGCCUGGGGCUGCCGUGGAGCCUUCCUACCAGCGAGGUACAAUUCCUCACGCGCGAAGUGCAUCAAAUGCGCCUACUGCGGUCUAUUUUUUUCGCCAAAUAAAUUCAUUUUCCACUCUCACCGAGUCGGUCCUGGUGAUAAAUAUGUUCAGCCUGAUGCUGCUAACUUUAAUUCUUGGAGACGGCAUAUGAAGUUGAGUGGGAGUCCACCAGUUGAGGUUGUCCACGCGUGGGAAGACGUUAAAGCUAUGUUCAAUGGUGGGACUAGGAAACGUAUGCUGUCUGCUGCUAGACGCGUUGUUCGUAGGGAGGAACCGGAAGUUAAACGCGCGGCUUCAAGUCCGCCGGCGCCGCCCGUGCCGAGGCUAGCGGACUAUGUGUGGGGCGCGCGACUACCGCUACCGUAUGCUAUACCAUGGCUUAAACCAACUUUAUGGUCUCCUGGUGCCCUAACAGCGUUGAGUACUGUAGGUGGUAUUGAAGAACCUCGCGCCUUCAGACCAGUUCGUUCCCAUCGUCUUGAGUCACCACAACUUUCGCCAGUGUCGCCCUCUAUUACACCGUCCAGGUCUCCGACUACAUCACCUCGUCAAUCCCGCUCCCCGCUCCGCUCUCCGCUCCGCUCCCCGCUCCGCUCAUCACCGGCGCGCUCGUCUAAAAGCGACAGAGACAGUGACGAGAGUGUCGAUAUUGAGACCACAGAGGAAGAUCAGAUUAAGGACGCGAGAUGUACCUGGCCGUGUCGUGGUAUACCCAAGCCACGUGAGGAGUGGGGGGCGCUGGUUCCCAAGGUAGAGAGGGAAGAGGAACCGUGGCGACUGCCUGAUCUACGCCCGCCGCUUCAUUAUUUGCAUGACCGCGGUAAUGUCAAUUGUCAAUUUGUUACAGAUAGUGCUGCAGAAACAUCGAUAGUUUGGCUAUCGAUAGUAUUGAAGGGAAAGCUGUGCAGCUUGCGUGGCACCUUUAACGCUGCUACCGCCACCUACCACCGCGCCGCACUAACAACGAAACGAAGCAGCAAUAAUAGUUUAAGAAGAAUCCGUGUCAAAUUUUGUUGUCUAUUCCUUUUCCUGCUAAAAUAUCUAUUGAGAGUAACAAAAAUGGGUCGUUAUUCUCGUGAGCCUGACAAUCCCGCCAAAUCAUGCAAGGCGCGUGGCUCAAACCUCCGUGUUCACUUCAAGAACACAUACGAAACAGCCAUGGCAAUUAAGAAGCUGCCGCUUCGUCGUGCUGUACGUUACUUAAAAAAUGUAGUAGACAAAAAAGAAUGCAUACCAUUCCGUCGGUUCAACGGUGGAGUGGGUCGAUGUGCUCAAGCCAAGCAGUUCGGCACAACACAAGGUCGCUGGCCGAAGAAAUCCGCUGAGUUCCUCCUACAGCUAUUGAGGAACGCUGAAUCUAACGCUGACGUGAAGGGAUUGGACGCCGACAGGCUUGUCAUUGACCACAUACAGGUGAAUCGCGCCCCUUGUCUACGCCGUCGUACAUAUCGUGCCCACGGUCGUAUCAAUCCUUAUAUGUCAUCUCCCUGCCACAUUGAAGUGUGUCUCAGUGAGAGGGAGGAUGCUGUAGCAAGAGCCGCUCCCACAGACGACGCGCCCAAGAAGAAACUGUCCAAGAAGAAGCUGGCCCGCCAGAAGGAGAAGAUGAUGAGGGAAUAA